AUGGACCCUACGGAUCCCCAGCAGCUGGCAUCGCUUGCGUCUCUCUUCCAGCAGACGCUGAAUCCAGCGCAGCGAAAGGCAGCUGAGGAGCAGCUGGCGCAGCUGCAAGGGCAGCCGCGCUUUGCGUUCCUGCUGCUUGCGCUCGUGCAGUCCGAGUCGGCGUCGACAGCGAUCCGGCUCGCGGCCGCGAUCCAGUUUAAAAACCUGUGCAAGAUGCGCUGGCACAUGGACAGCGAGACGGAGGAGGCAUCAGAUGCCGUGCUCCCCGAGGAGAAGGCCGCCGUCCGGCAGCAGCUCGUGCCGGUGCUGGUGGCGCUCGCGAGUGGGCCGAUGCCGAGCCAGGCCAUCCUGUCACAGAUGAACGAGAGCAUUGCACUGGUGGCCGCGAGCGACUUCCCGGACGUGUGGCCCGAGCUCAUUGACGAGCUCGUCGCGCAGCUCAGCACCGAGCACCACCAAGUGCUGCUGUCGGUGUUGGCGACGUCGCAUGCCAUCUUCCGGCGCUGGCGCAGCCAGUUCCGCUCGGAUGCCCUGUACUCCGAGAUCAACCUCGUGCUCGGCAAGAUGGCGAACCCGCUGCUCGAGCUGCUGCAGCGCAUGCACGCGAUGCUGCUCGAUCCCGCGACGCCCGCGGGCACCAUGCCGCCGCUGGCGACGUGCCUGAUGCUGCUGCUGCAGCUCUUCUACGACCUGUCGGCCCAGGACCUGCCGCCGCAGUUCGAGGAUGCGAUCCCUAUGCUGUCGCCCAUGUUUACGAGUCUCCUCUCGUUCCGGCGCGCCGAGCUCCUGGGCGACGAGGACGACGUGGCCCCGAGCCCGCUCGACAAGAUCCGCAGCAGCGUGUGUGAGAUCUUUGAGCUGUAUGCAAAGCGGUACCUGGACGUUCUGCCGCAGCUGCCGGAGUAUGUGCAGGCGGUGUGGGACAUGCUUGGCACGUACAGCACGUCAGAGAAGUACGACGUGAUUGUGAGCAAGGCGAUUGGCUUCCUGUCCGCGGUGGUGCGGAUGGGCCACCAGCGCGAGAUGUUCGAGGCAGAGGCGACGCUCGAGCAGCUCUGCACGGCGAUCGUCCUGCCGAACAUGCAGCUGCGGGACGUCGACGAGGAGAUCUUCGAGGACAACCCGAUGGAGUACAUCCGCCGCGACCUGGAGCAGAGCAUGGAGGUCGAUACGCGCCGGCGCGCAGCGUCCGAGUUUGUGCGGGCGCUCCUGGAGCAGUUCGCCGAGCCGGUCACCGCGCUUGCCCUGCGGCACAUCCACGCAUACCUCGCCGAGUACCGCGCGAACCCCGCACAGAACUGGAGGCGCAAGGAUGCGGCGCUGUACCUGCUCACGUCCAUCGCCGCGCAGGGCUCGUCGAUGCAGCACGGCGUCUCGGCGACGAACGCGCGCGUGGAUGUGGUGCAGUUCUUCUCGGAGCAUGUGCUCGAGGACCUGCAGCCGGGCAGCGCGGCGGCGCAGGCGCACCCGAUCCUCCAGGUCGACGCGAUCAGGUACCUGUACACGUUCCGCAACCAGCUGACGAAGGAGCAGCUGCUGAGCGUGCUGCCCCUGCUGAUCCACCACCUGCAGGCGCCGCACUAUGUGGCGUGCACCUACGCGGCCAUCUCGAUCGAGCGCAUCCUGUUCCUGCGCACGCAGGGCCAGCGCAUGUUCACCCCGGACGACAUGGCGCCGAUGAGCCAGGGCAUCCUGCAGGCGCUCCUCGCCACGGUCGAGCAGCGCGCCACGCCCGAGCAGGUCGCGGAGAACGACCACGUAAUGAAAUGCGUGAUGCGUGUGCUGCUCACGGCGCAGCACACGGUCGAGCCGUACGCGAUGGACGUGCUCGCGCACCUGCGCGACAUUGUGCAGCUGACUGCGCGCAACCCCAGCAACCCCCGGUUCACGCAGUUCCUCUUCGAGUCCGUGUCGGCGCUCGUGCGCGUCGCCGGCUCGCGCACGGCGGCGCAGAUUGCCGCGGCGGAAGAGCACCUGUUCCCCGUGUUCACCGGCCUGCUGCAGGCGGACGUCGCCGAGUACAUGCCGUACGUGUUCCAGAUCAUGGCGCAGCUGCUCGAGGCGCACGCCGCCGUCGACACGGCGCGUGAGCUGCCGGAUGCGUACCGCUCGCUGCUGCCGCCGCUGCUCAUGCCCGCGCUGUGGGAGUCGCGUGGGCAUGUGCCGGCGCUUGUGCGCCUGCUGCGCGCGUACCUCGCGCAGUCGCCCGCGUACCUCGUGCAGCACGGGCACGUCGAGUCGUGCCUCGGCAUCUACCAGAAGCUCAUCUCGAGCCGGCUGAACGACUCCUACGGCUUCGACCUGCUGCGCGCCCUCCUCGCGCAGCUGCCCGUCGACGUGAUGCGGCCGUACAUGCAGCCGGUGCUCACGCUCAUGCUCGUGCGCCUGCAGUCGAGCAAGACGGAGAAGUUCUCGCAGCAGUUUGCGGCGUUCUUCGGCUUCUUCUGCGGCGUGCAGCAGGACGGGUACCCCGAGCAGGUCGUGCAGGCAUUCGAGAGCGUGCAGCCCGGCCUCUUUGUGCAGCUCACACAGAACGUCGUGGCGCCGGACCUCGCGAAGCUGACCGCGAGGCAGCGCUUCCCGACCCUCGCCGGCCUCGUGCGCCUGCUGACCGAGAGCGAGGCGCUCCUCGCCGGCGCACAGACAGCAGCGUGGCCACCGCUCGCUACGGCCACACUCCGUCUCCUCGCGCAGAGUGCGGCCGCGGCCGACGAGGCGGUCGACGAGGAGGCCGAGCUCGACGAGCAGGGCUUCCAGGCCUCAUUCUCGCAGCUCGCCGCAGCCGGACCGAGUCGCGAGGCCGGCGCCGCCACAUGGGCCGGCCACGACCUCGGCGCGUACCUCGCGCGGCAGCUCGGCGCGGCGAGCGCGCGCCAUCCCGGCACCGUGCCCGCGCUCCUCGCGCAGGUGCCGGCCGAGGAGAGCGCGGUGGUGCAGGAGGUGCUGCACAAGUACCAGGUGCCCUUGUCGUAG